AUGGAGCACCAGUUUGAACCCUUGAAGAAUGACCUGCUGCUUAGGGCAGCCCGAGGUGAACCCAUUGAACGGCCACCGUGCUGGAUCAUGCGGCAGGCCGGCCGCUACCUCCCCGAGUACCACGAAGCCAAGGGCACCCACGACUUCUUCGAGUGCUGCCGCUCGCCCGAGAUCGCAUCGACCCUGACCCUGCAGCCCAUCGACCGGUUCGACGGCCUCCUGGACGCCGCCAUCAUCUUCAGCGACAUCCUCGUCAUCCCGCAAGCCCUCGGCAUGACCGUCGAGAUGGUCGACAAGAAGGGGCCCCAUUUCCCCCACCCGCUCCGCGACCCGGAAGACCCGCAGUACGCCUCGGUGCUGUCGCGCGACCCGGCCGCCGCCGCCGCCGCCCUCGACUACGUCUACGCCGCCAUCACCCUGACCCGCACGAAGCUCGCCGGCCGCGUCCCCCUCAUCGGCUUCUGCGGCGCCCCCUGGACGCUCCUCUGCUACAUGGUCGAGGGCGGCGGCAGCAAGCUCUUCGCCCAGAUCAAGCGCUGGAUCUACGCCCACCCGGACGAGUCGCGCCGCCUGCUGGCCCACAUCGCCGACGUGUGCGUCGAGUACCUCGCCCUCCAGGUCCGCGCCGGCGCCCAGCUCGUCAUGGUCUUCGACUCGUGGGCCGGCGAGCUGGGGCCCCGCGAGUUCCAGCGCUUCGCCGAGCCGAGCCUCCGUCGCAUUGCCGAGGGCCUGCCCCGCCGCCUUGACGAGCUCGGCCUGCCCCGCGUGCCCAUGACGGUCUUCCCCAAGGGCGCCUGGCACUCGCUGGACCGCGCCUGCGACUUGGGGUACGAUGUCGUCGGGCUCGACUGGCUCCAGGACCCGGCCGAGGCGGUGCGCAUUCGCGGUGAUCGUAAGGUCACCUUCCAGGGGAACGCCGACCCGGGUGUGCUGUACGGUACCAAGGAAGCCAUGACGGAGGCGGUGCAGACCAUGGUGGACGGAUUUUGGGGUGGCAAGAGGGGUUGGAUUGCCAAUUUGGGCCACGGUAUUACGCCGGGCGUUAACCCGGAAGACUUGAGGUUCUUCCUGUCGGAGAUUCACCGUCUGACAAAGAGCACGUAA